AUGGACAUUCUCAAGGUUGAGAAUCAAGUCCAGGCCCACAUUGCUAAGACGUGGCUGUCUUUUCUAGAGAGAAAGUUCUUUCGGUCUAAUCUGAACAAGUUUGUGGGGGAUCUGAAAGAGCCAUUGAAGGCCGAUGAAUGGCUCGAACAGAUGGAUGACGCGGGUCAAUGGCAGAAGUUUGUGAAAGUUCACAUUGGGGUGACUUGGGAGGCAUUUGUUACUGUCUUCCAAGAUAAGUUCUUACCACCCAUGACUAAGGAGAAGUUGAGAGAUCAAUUCCUAAAGCUCAAGCAAUUAAGAACACUUGUGGUCGAGUUUGAGGUGGCCUUCACCAGCCUUUCAAGGUUUGUACCAGAACUCGUAGAGACAGAAGAACACCGCUGCAUUGAGUUCGAGGAGAGAUUGAGGAUUAGGCUCCUUUUCAAGGUUAUUGGGUCAAUGAUUAGAGAUUAUGGCCAUUUGAUGGAAUCGGCUACAUAUUUGGAGGUAGUCAUUUAG